AUGAUACCACCACCGUCGUCGUUAGCUUUUCCUCUAAUCGACGUCGCUGCCAGGAACAUCAAACAGCUGCAGCUGUUGGUGAUCACCACCAUGUCGACGAGAAAAGGAGCAACGACCCCACCAUCGACAACAACGACCUCUUCUGCGACAUCACCAUCGUCGAUGGCCGUUCCCACACUAGUGGAGAUGAAGACGGAGGUUGAUGGAACUCUGGCGGCAAAGCUGCCGGCCACGAAAGGAAUCCCAACACCAACCACAAUCGUCGCGGUGAAGACCGAGGAGUAG